GAGUCUCCUUACAGGAGAGAAAAGUGGGGUAUAAAUCCAAACUCUUCAGCAUGUGCCAAAGGGGCCUAUGUUGAACGGUUCAGAUGACCUGUGGCUAUGUGGCCUCCCAGCCCGCGAUGGGUCUUGUCUACCACACGAGGGCUCUCUUCUCUUUCCCCCAACCUAUUUCUGUUUCUCUGUGGUUCUUCCUCCUGAGCCUGGAGAAGGAAAACACGGGGCUUCCCCCUAGUUAGCACAAGUUGUGUUUCCUGUAGGAGCUUCUCUGUGCUUCCUAAGCGACCAUGUGAGCUGGCUGAAAUGCACAAGCGACAUGCAAGGGAGCGCUUGCCGUGCAACGACAGAGCAUCUUUGCAAAGGCUCUCCGGCGACAUUGCAACGGGUGUCAUGAAACUCCCGGAGCGGGUAGCUCCGCUUUGCAGAACGGGCGCGGAGUGUUUGCAAGGAGACUGAAGCUCUGCGACGAAGGAUUUUGCACGGAUGCUGAAGGGUGCGAGUAUGGAGAAUGUCCGGAAAGUGCUGGUGUAUCUCUCCAAGGAUAACGGCAGGCCGCAGCUAGCCAAGUUCCAGCAGCCAUGGUAUAUGCCCACCCCAGAUCCUUGGUUUGCUGCAAGAGUCAGUGGAGUAUGGAAAGGUUCUUCGUCUUUUUCUCUUACCCUAGAGUAUCGUUGGUCACUUCUGUGCAGCACCCAAAGACAGCUUGGUGGUGAACUGUGGACUGCAUCGGCACCAGUUCCUCAUCUCGGAUAUGGAGUUUGCCGGCUCUAAGCAAGUCCUACUGCAGAGGGCCCCCUUCUGCCCCAUCAAGCAUUUGAAUGAUGCACAAGCCUCUUCUCUUCCCGCGGAGACCCGAGGUCGAGGUGUAGACGUGGGCGUGGCCGUCCUCCUACAGUCUGCCUGCCGGAAGGUUCUGUUGACUCGACGAUCCAAGAACUUGAGCAUCUUUCCCAACCUCUGGGUCCCUCCAGGUGGUCACCUUGAACCUGGUGAACAGUUUCUGGUUCACGGGCUGCGAGAACUGCGAGAGGAGACGGGCUUGUGCCUGCAGGAUGGGGAGUUCUCCUGGCAAAUGCUAGCCCUCUGGGAGUCUGUAUACCCUCCCAUGCUGAGCAGAGGCUUGCCAAAGCGCCACCACGUGGUCAUCUACCUCCUGUUGCUUUCUCCUGAGAGCCACCAGCAGCUGCAGAUGAGAUUUAAGCCCGAUGAGGCUGAAGUGAGUGCCUACACCUGGCUGGAGCCCCAAAUCCUGGCCUCUGUUGCUGCUUUUGAGGAUGGAGCCGGAGAUGCCAAGAAGGUAGUUGACAAUCUUCUGCCAGUUAUUAGGAUCACAGAACUGCAGCACGGCGCAGCAAAGACCACGACGAUUCCUACCACACUGUUCCUCAACACUGCUCCCCCACAAGGCGAGGACAUGGAACGGGUCAGUACUGGGACCAAGUUCGCCCUUCGGCUCUGGCUCGACACGUUAGCACCGCAAACUGAGUGAGCAAGAAGGGCAGCUGAUGCAAGUUUGGAGAGACUAGUGCCAAUGGGGCAGGAUUCUGAAAUGACAAAAUGUAGAUAUGUUUGGCCUGGGCUUUUGAUAUUCUUCGCCACACAAAAUCAGCUACUCUUCUGCAUUCACAAGACAUUCCUGUUGGGAACUGGGUAUUGCAGAUGCACAGUGGCUGGACAUACAAGAUGCAGGUGUGCAGAAGCAAAGGAUAUGAGAGAAAGUGGAAUGGGAGUGGGAUGCAGUUGGGGCCCUUAUCUCAGUGCAACUGUGCAAUUAAUUAAAAAUGAUUUUUAAAUAGUA